GAGAAGUAUAAUUUACGAAUUUCAGAAAGAGGUGUGAAUUUUGAUGCGAAAGUAGAGAUCGACGAGAACAGUGACAUUGAAUAUUUCCAGGUUCCUCCUCACCAUGAACUGUCGGAAACGAAUGCCAUGUAUGACUUCAGAAUGGUAAGUAAAAUCAGCGGGGAUGAUUCGGUAUCAUAUAAUAACUCAGUACAACGCAUCUGACCACCUUUAAUCAUAAGAGGACAAGCGGGUCUCGCUAUCCGUCACUUUAUAAAUAGCGUCGGUUGUAGACCUUCAGAACCCAAGUCACUGGUAAUCUGUUCUAACAUUCGUAGACCUUUGAUUUGUUGUUUCAAUAAUUUGAUCAAAUGUUACUUUAUGAUAGGUCUGCUCUGUUACAUAAAGUUUUGACUAACCUGUGUUUUUUUUACGUUUCAACCAUCGUUUCAGGCAUGUCAGUCAUACGUAACUCGUCAUGCAAAGAAAUACAGGGUGUUUCAAAAGUCCGUUCCGAUUUUUUCUUCACUUAAAUUUCACUGAUUAUUUUAAGAUAACUUUUGUAAACCUAAGCAUGUUAUUCAUUAUUCAUUUAACAUUGACUAACUGAAAUAUUAGCAACCAGAAUGUCUUCCUUUAUGAUUUCUGGCAUUUUCUAAGCGGUGAGGUAUCACCGCGGUGAGGUGUCUAAAUUCACAAUUUUCCAGGUGAAGCGUGGUCGCUGUCUUUGUUAGUCCAGUGUUUUGGGGGCUGGAUCUUUGAAUGUUGUCGCAUCAACGAUAAUCCAGAUGAUUACUAGAGGGUUCACAUCACGUGAGUUUGCCGGCUGGUCGUCCUUUGGUAUAAAGUUUGCAAAUUCUUCUGAUGCCAUGCCUGCAUGAAGUGUGAACCGCCUUUUUUCUCUUCAAGGCUUUCCAACCUUUAUUGGUCACGUAUCCCCAUACCGUUGUGCUCGAAACUUUGGUAUUGUGAAGUUGAAGUUUUCUUUUUACCUUGCAGUCUUGUUGAAUUAUUACGCAUAUACUUACAGCUUUUUCGAUAACAUUUUUCACACAGUUUGUUAAAAAACCCAGCCAUCUACUCCUUGGUUUGUCUUCUAAGGUCUUUACUUUUGACUACUUGUUCUCUCAUCGUUCAGACUUCUUCAACAAUUUGACAAUUUCUUUGACUAAAUGGACAGAGUACCGUAAAAAUAGAUGCCUGAGCUCUAGCACAAACAUUGUACGCCUUCAUUUUCGUGAAAGAGUAGAGAAAACAAAAGAAAACGCGAAAAAAAAAAAAAAAACGAAAAUAGAAAACGUACAAAAUGGGUAGGAAAAAUAUGGCGCGAAAAAAUUCGCGCACGUGCACAUUUGGGGAAAAAAUUUAAAAAAUAUCAUAAUUUCCUCAAAUUUUAGUUUGAAAUUGCUUUGAACCGUUAUUUAGAUAAAUGUCCUACCUGAAUCAGUUUACAUUUGGCUAAGGAAGCAUUAAAUGCUUUGCGCAAAAUACAAUUUACAAUCGCAACGAACUUUUGAAACACCCUGUAGUUGUAAUUGCAGUUCUCAACGCAUGCGCCUAUUUUUUGAGAGAAUUCACUGAGCUUAGUUAUCUUAUCUUGGUUUACCGGUUACUGUAGUGUUUCUUAUCUCUACAGAACAUCACAGUCAGACGUGUAAAGAAGGAUGGCGUUUGUCACAUUUCACCACUGCCACCCAAUCUUCCGAGGCCAAAUGAUUUAGCAACGGGACUCAAAAUGGUAAAUUUAUUCGCUGCAUUGUCAUAUGCAGUGCUGUUAAGUUCAGAUAGUCUGAAAAUCUUUUCAACAACUUAUGUGGAAACUUGCAAUUUUAUGGGACGGUCGCAGAAAAUUUUUAAUUGAAUAGAUCUUUCACUUUUUACGUAAAAAAUGGAUUGGAAUAAAUGGAUUAAAAACGGCCCUGAAGUUCAACUCAGCUAUUAUAUGUAAGCACUAAGAAGCGAACUUUAUUUGUUUCCCGUACGUGCAGCUGUCACACUCGGCGCCUGUUCAGAAGAUUGAAAAAAUCAAACAGCAAUGGACCCUUGGUGACGUUGUUGACAGACAGACUUUAAGAACUGAGGUGCAAGAAUUUUGUGGGAAUUUCCCAAUCUACCGUUUAGAACCAUAUACACCUGACUCCGUUACUGUGGUUGCUGGCACCCGCGCUGGUAAGUGUAGAUCUCUUGCGCCAUUGCGCUAUUUAAAUGUAAACCCCUCAGUUAAGGACUUUGAGCAUCUCAAUAUUCAGUUUCCAGUCUCAUCCACGCAGGUUUUUCGUAUUGAACUAAACUUAUUCCUCGUUACAAUACCUUUCAUAAUCGAGGUCGAAAUUAACAAUUGCUAGUAAUCAGUGAUUCGUACCAAGGGAAACAUCUCAUUUUGGUUUCCGACGUCAGUCCUAGGUUUAAGUGAAAUAGGUGGCAACUAUAAAACUUAUUUUAGAAAGUCAAAUGAUACAUGGCCAUUUUUCUAAAUAUCGCAAAUCAUGAAUUGGUGAGGGGUUAAAGAAAAAAUCAACAUAUAACGUUCAUGUAGCCCUGCAUAUCCAUAUUUAACCCGACCCAGUCUUAAAGCUUGCAAUUCUCGCCUUACACGUUUUCUCUUCGUUCUUUCCGCAGAGAGAAAACGUCGUGACUGGAAGUUUGUCCCGUGUGACAAAAAUACGCUCCCUAAGCCAACAGAUUGUAAUCCCGACAACUGGGACUAUGAUUGCUUAAUAAGCGAUAGUAACUGU